UCGAUGGAACAGUCACUCACAGACUGCGCUUUCUCAGCUCGUGCGCGUUGUUUCGCAGCUGAUUUGUGGGGGGAAACAGACUAAGAACAAUAAUCGCAAUAGUCGCAGAAAAGUAGAAACGCGAAGGGAGACAGGCUGCUUUAUAUUUGAAAUCUGAUCUACUGACAAAGCUUUGUUCUCCACCGUGCAUGUUCAAAUUGGAGAAUAUUAGAGCCGUGUGUCGGCCAGACUUUUAGUUUCAAAGCGAGCGGCAAUAUCAUAAAGAAGGAGGCAUGACUCGGAGACGGAGUUCUUUUUUUGCUGCGUUUUCCUUACAUGCCUUGCUGCUGUGCCUACGAGCAAAGGUGUCGGAAUCGUCCGGACACUUCGAGUUGCAGAUAUUAUCGAUGCAGAAUGUCAACGGUGAACUGCAGAACGGGCUGUGCUGCGAUGGCUCGCGGAAUCCUGCGGACCGCAAAUGCUCAAGGGAUGAGUGCGAUACUUAUUUUAAAGUUUGUCUGAAGGAAUACCAGUCCAGGGUGUCUGCUGCGGGACCGUGCAGCUUUGGGUCGGGAUCUACGCCUGUCAUCGGAGGGAAUACAUUUUCUUUGAAAAACACACCGAGGAAAGAGAAAUCCAGGAUAGUUUUGCCGUUCAGCUUCGCUUGGCCGAGGUCCUUCACGCUGAUAGUGGAAGCCUUGGACAGCAACGAGACGGCCGGGGCCAGGGGCGAGCUCAUCGAGAAGGCCGUCCACUCCGGCAUGAUCAACCCCAACCGGCCGUGGCACACCCUGAAGCACAACGGGCAGGUGGGCCAGUUCCAGUACCAGAUCCGCGUGGCCUGCGACGAGCACUACUACGGCAUCGGCUGCAACAAGUUCUGCCGCCCGCGCGACGAGUUCUUCGGCCACUACGCCUGCGACCACAACGGCAACAAGACCUGCCUGGAGGGCUGGGCCGGCCCCGACUGCAACACGGCUAUCUGCCGACAGGGCUGCAACGCGGAGCACGGAUCCUGCAAACUGCCUGGAGAUUGCAAGUGCCAGUUCGGCUGGCAGGGCCAGUUCUGCGACAAGUGCAGCCCUCACCCGGGCUGCGUGCACGGCACCUGCAUCGAGCCCUGGCAGUGCCUCUGCGACACCAACUGGGGCGGGCAGCUCUGCGACAAAGACCUGAACUACUGCGGGACGCGCCAGCCCUGCCAAAACGGGGGCACCUGCGGCAACACGGGGCCCGACAAGUACCACUGCUCCUGCCGGGACGGCUACUCCGGCGUCAACUGCGAGAGGGCGGAGCGCGCCUGCCUGUCGGACCCCUGUGCUAACGGAGGGACCUGCGCGGAGACCAGCUCCGGGUUCGAGUGCCAGUGUGCGGCGGGAUGGAGCGGCCCGUCCUGCCUCACCAAUGUGGACGACUGCACCCCGAACCCCUGUUCCCACGGCGGCGCCUGCCAGGACCUGGUCAACGGGUUCAAGUGCAGCUGUCCCCCACAGUGGACCGGCAAGACCUGCCUGAUCGACGCCAACGAAUGCGAGAGCAAGCCCUGCGUGAACUCCAACUCCUGCCGCAACCUGAUUGGUGGAUACUUCUGCGAGUGCGUAGCAGGCUGGACAGGACAGAACUGUGACACCAAUAUUAAUGACUGUGAGGACCAGUGUCUGAAUGGAGGCACCUGCAAGGACCUGGUGAAUGGUUACCGCUGCCUCUGCCCGCCCGGCUACACGGGGGAGCGCUGCGAGACGGACAUGGACGAGUGCGCCAGCGCCCCCUGUCUGAACGGAGGUCACUGCCGCGACGACGUCGACGGGUUCCAGUGCCUGUGUCCCGCCGGCUUCUCGGGCAACCUGUGCCAGCUGGACAUUGAUUACUGCGCCCCCGACCCGUGCCAGAAUGGAGCACGCUGCUUUAACCUGGCCACCGACUACCUCUGCACCUGCCCCGAGGACUACGAGGGCAAGAACUGCUCGCACCUGAGAGACCACUGCCGCACCACCUCCUGCCAGGUCAUAGACAGCUGCACCGUGGCCGUGACCUCCAACAGCACCCCGGAGGGGGUGCGCUACAUCUCCUCCAACGUGUGCGGCCCCCACGGGCGCUGCAGGAGCCAGGCGGGGGGGCAGUUCACCUGCGAGUGCCAGAACGGCUUCACCGGGACCUACUGCCACGAGAACAUCAACGACUGCGAGGGCGGCCCGUGUUGGAACGGCGGGACGUGCAUCGACAAAGUCAACGCCUACCAGUGCAUCUGCGCCGACGGCUGGGAGGGACCUCGCUGUGAGACGGACAUCGACGACUGCGGAGCGAACCCGUGCAAGAACCGCGGCGCCUGCCAGGACGUGGUCAACGACUUCUACUGCGAGUGCCGCAACGGCUGGAAGGGGAAGACCUGUCACUCCCGUGACAGCCAGUGCGACGAGGCCACCUGCAACAACGGCGGGACCUGCUCCGACGAGGGCGACGCCUUCCGCUGCCUGUGCGCGCCGGGCUGGGAGGGCGCCACCUGCAGCAUAGCCAAGAACAGCAGCUGCCUGCCAAGCCCCUGCGGGAACGGCGGGACCUGCGUCGUCACGGGAGACGGCUUCGCCUGCGUCUGCAAGGAAGGCUGGGAAGGCAGCACCUGCACCCAGAAUACCAACGACUGCAAUCCGCACCCCUGCUACAACAGCGGGACGUGUGUGGACGGGGACAACUGGUACCGCUGCGAGUGCGCCCCCGGAUUCGCCGGCCCCGACUGUCGAAUAAACAUCAACGAGUGUCAGUCCUCGCCCUGUGCUGCCGGCUCCACCUGCGUGGACGAGAUCAACGGAUAUCGCUGCCUGUGCCCGCCCGGCCGGGUAGGCCCCAGGUGUCAGGAAGCCAUGGGAACGCCCUGUUUCGCCAACGGCCGCGUCGCCCCCGAGGGAAGCCAGUGGGACGAGGACUGCAACGCCUGCCGCUGUCGCGGCGGGAAGGCCGCCUGCUCCAAGAUGCGCUGCGGUCCCAGGCCGUGCCGGGUCCCCGGUAAGGGGCGCGGGGAGUGCCCCGCCGGCCAGGCCUGCGUCCCCGUCGGGGAGGACCGCUGCUUCGUCAAGCCCUGCCCCGGGGCGGGGGAGUGCUGGCCCCCCAGCCCGGCCCCGCCCCCGGCCCCGCCCAAGUGUCGCCUGGCCCCCGGCGUCGCGGAGCGCGACUGCGCCAACGUCGCCUUCGCCUUCAACAAGGAGUCCCUUCCGCAGGGCCUGACGGUGGAGCAGGUCUGCAGCGAGCUGAGGCGCCUGUACGUGGCGAGGAACCUCUCGGCCGAGCACGCGCUCUCCGUGACCUGCGAGCCUUCGCCGACCGCCGCCGACGAGAUCCACGUGGCCCUCUGGGCGGAGGACCAGGUGUUAGGCCAGAGCCCCGUGAAAGAGCUCGCCGACCGGAUCGUCGACCUGGUCAGCAAGCGCAGCGGGAACAGCACCGUCAUCGCCGCCAUCGCCGAAGUCCGGGUGCAGCGGCGGCAAAACCCCGGCAAAGCGGACUACCUGGUCCCGCUGCUCAGCUCCGUGUUCAUCGUGCUGUGGAUCCUGGCGGUGGGCUCCGCCUCCCUGUGGUGCGUGCGGCGGCGGCAGAAGCAGGGCGGCCACGCCAGCGCCGCGGCGACCGUGGCCGACGACAACACCACCAACAACGUGCGCGAGCAGCUCAACCAGAUCAAGAACCCCAUCGAGAAGCACGCGCUCGUCGCCGCCGCCCCCGCCAAGGACUACGAGGGCAAGAACUCCGUCAACGCCAAAAUUAGGACGCACGCCUCCGAGGCGGAGGACGAGGAGGCGGAGAGGCGCCUCCAGAAAGGCCGCUUCGCCAAGCAGCCCGCCUACACCCUGGUGGACAGGGAGGACAAAACGGGGCAGGCCGUGCCGGCCAAACACCAAAACUGGACUAACAAACAGGACAACAGAGACCUGGAAACGUCACAGAGCUUAAACAGGAUGGAGUACAUCGUAUAGCAUUCCCCCCCCCCCUCCCCAACACGCCUGUCCUGUCCUAUUUGGUCGUAUUUUCCGAGGUUAUUACUUGCCUUAAUAUCCCUUUUUUGUUAAUUUAAGUUUUGACAAGCUGGCCUUACACUGGCGGUGGUCGUUGCUGUUGGUUGGCUGGCUGGAACACCAAGCGCUGCAUUUCACGUCUGUGCAAGGCUAGCAUCGGCCGUCGCCCUGUCCUCCGCGUGCGUGAGGUGGCGGCGCUCCGAGAGAACGAGCAAACUGAAUCUCGCCUCUCUCCCUUUAAAGUCGUACGCGUUGCCAAGUCAACGUAACGGAUCGCAUUUGCGUGGUACCCUUGGUAAACUCAAAGCACUUUACAGUUGAAGGGGGAGGAGAAUACCUUAGCCACCACCAAUGUGUAGCGCCCAUCUAAGGUGACGUACGGUAGCCAUUUUGUGUCAGACGCUCACCGCACAUCAGCUGAGGUGGAGCAGGAGGGAGAUACUGCAAGUCUUAAGCAUUUUUUAAAAAUGAAAACAAAAUGGACCAUAUAGUUUAUUAUUUUCAGUUCAUACGCAGGCUCUUUAUGGUUAAUGUACAGCUAGUUCUGUUUUAAAGUGUCCUUGCAGCUCCAUGCCACAGCAACCAUCAAAAAAUUUAAUUUAUUAUUUUUUAUUUUUAUUUCUUUUUGGGUUGGGUUGGGUCAGUGGCAGCAGUUGCUGCCAAUAUGAAGAAUUUAAGUGUCAAUCUAGAACAUUGUGUAGAUAUGUACAUUUUGUUUUAAUUAAUCACUGUGUAUAUUUGAUUUAUUAACUUAAUAAUCAAGAGCCUAAAAUACCAUUCCUUUUUAUUUAUGUAUAUUUGUCUAGAUUUGAAGGUUUUGAUAGCUUUGUAAGCUCACAGAUUUGUUAUUGAUGCAAAUAUCAUUUCAUGUUCCAAAAUUCCCAAAAGUGUUCUAGAAAUAAAUUUAAUUUUUUAAGCAAUAGGACGGGCAUUUUCGUGCCUGAAAAAAAACGUUUGUACAAUGUCAGGUAUUUGAAAGUUACUGCAGCAAACCUUACUCUGCCAGGACCUUUUUUAAAUAAGCCCUAAAGGCAGGUUGGAAAAAUAAAAAAAAAUCAACUUUAGUUGUUAGUGAACGGAGUGGCGUACACUUGCCACAGAAAAAAAAAAACUUUAAGGGAACAAAAUCUUUUGUAGCUUCACGACUGCCUGUUUUUAAAAAAAGGUGUAAAAAAAAAGAAAGCAGAGUUUUUAAAGAAA